AUGGGCCUGUGGCCGCAAGUUCGGCGUCAAAACCCCUCCCCAAGGUUGGUUCGGGCCCAAUUGAAGCUCUGCGCCACAAAGCAUUCAUCUGACUUGAGACAGAAGCAAGUUCCUCGAAACGUCACCAUAAAAGAGCCAGUUGCCCACAAGCAAGCUGAGGCAGAGGCACCGUCCAAACGAGUCGAGACCACCAAGAACGAGAAACCCUCCCGCAAGCCUCAUCAUCAUGCAGAUGGCUUCGAUGCUGCAUUGGAGCCGUUCUACUAUGACAAGUCCCUCACCGACCCUAUUGAUACCGCUCGGGACAAGUGGAACCUCCUGCCUGCUUUUCUCAAGGUCAAAGGUCUAGUCAAGCAACACAUUGAGUCAUUUAACCACUUCGUCGAGGUCGAGUUGAAGAAGAUCAUUGAUGCUGAACCAGUCAUUACGAGCGAUAUUGACCCAGAUUUCUACAUAAAGUAUGAGAACAUCUACAUUGGUAAGCCCUGCCGCUCAGAGGAGAGCCUCGACUCCUUUAGCCGGGGCGAAGAGUCUACUGUCACUCCGAACGAAUGUCGAUUACGGGAUAUGACAUACGCCGCUCCAAUCUUGGUGGAUGUCCGCUAUACCAAGUCGAAGAUGGCAUAUCGUAGGAAGGGAAUGCUUAUUGGACGGUUACCUAUCAUGCUACGGAGUUCAAGGUGUUUCUUGGCCAACAAGUCAGAAGCCGAAAUGUGUGCUAUGGACGAAUGCCCCUUGGAUCCGGGAGGCUAUUUUAUCGUAAAUGGAACAGAAAAGGUCAUCCUGGUCCAGGAACAACUAAGCAAAAACCGCAUUAUUGUUGAGGCAGACCACAAAAAGGAAUUGAUCACAGCCUCCGUCACCAGCUCUACACAUGCAAGAAAGUCAAAAAGCUAUAUUGUGCUCAAGAAAGAUUUGCUAUACAUGCGGCACAACAUCCUGAACGAGGAUGUCCCAAUAUGUAUCCUAUUGAAAGCUAUGGGUGUGUCCUCUGAUAUGGAUAUGAUGGCCAUUGUUGCCGGAACAGAUAGUACGCUGCAAGAAGAUUUUGCCAUCAAUUUCGAGGAGACCAUCAAACAUCAAAUUCAUACCCAGCAGCAAGCUCUUGAUUAUCUAGGUGCGCGAAUCAAGAUUACGCGAAAACCCACACCGUUCGGCCAGUCACGCAGAAACUACGUUCAAGAAGCUUUAGAGGCUGUUAGCAGCGUCUUUAUCGCACACGUCCCUAUCGAAAACUUGAAUUUCAGGCCCAAGGCUAUCUAUGUUGCCCAUAUGGCACGACGUGUGUUAAUGGCUAAGCAGAAUCCCGCCUUGGUGGACGACAGAGAUUACGUUGGCAACAAACGUCUCGAAUUGGCUGGUCAACUUCUAUCUCUACUCUUCGAAGAUCUUUUCAAAAAGUUCAAUUAUGAUGUCAAGAUGAAGAUUGACAAACAACUCCGAAAACCCAAUAAGACCGAAGUCGUUGAUCCUUGUCAGACCAUGAUGGGUGCGGCCGUGUCAAUUACUCAAGGCAUGAACAGAGCAAUCGCCACGGGCAACUGGAAUUUGAAACGAUUUCGAAUGGAUCGUGCCGGUGUAACCCACUUGUUGAGUCGCCUGAGCUUCAUCGCCUCGCUGGGGAUGAUGACCAGGAUUUCAAGUCAGUUUGAAAAGACUCGAAAAGUCAGCGGUCCCAGGGCCUUGCAACCGUCCUCAUUCGGCAUGCUGUGUCCAGCUGAUACUCCAGAAGGUGAAGCCUGUGGGUUAGUCAAAAAUCUCGCCCUCAUGACACAUAUCACUACAGAUGACGAAGAAGCACCCAUCAAACGUCUAAUUUUCAUGCUUGGUGCUGAAGAUAUUGUUAGCAUUGGAGGAUCCGAGUUAUAUGGCCACGGUGCAUAUUUGGUCCUUCUCAAUGGUACCCCGGUCGCUAGUACGCGACAACCAUCUUUGUUUUUGUCCUCCUUUCGACGCUUGCGCCGCUCAGGCCGCAUUUCCGAGUUUGUUUCUAUCUUCAUUAAUCAUCAUCACAACACAAUUCAAAUUGCAACCGACGAAGGCCGAAUUUGUCGACCUCUCAUAAUUGUCGAGGAUAAGAAGUCUAAGGUCACAAAGCGAUAUUUGAAGUCUUUGCGGCAGGGCUCUAUGGACUUUGAUGACUUCUUGGCCAGAGGCCUUGUGGAGUACUUGGAUGUCAAUGAGGAAAAUGACAGCAACAUUGCAAUGUAUGAAUCGAAUAUCAAUGCAACUACUACCCACCUCGAAAUCGAGCCGUUCACAAUUCUAGGCGCUGUGGCUGGCCUGAUCCCUUAUCCCCAUCACAACCAAUCUCCAAGAAAUACCUAUCAAUGUGCUAUGGGUAAGCAAGCCAUUGGUUUCAUUGCCAACAACCAAUUUUUGCGGAUUGAUACAUUGCUCUAUCUUAUGGUCUACCCACAAAAGCCACUUGUGAAGACAAGGACGAUCGAGCUAGUCAAAUAUGACAAGCUACCUGCUGGCCAGAAUGCAACCGUCGCUGUCAUGUCCUAUAGCGGAUAUGAUAUUGAAGACGCUUUGGUGCUGAACAAAGCCUCUGUCGAUCGUGGUUUUGGUCGAUGCCAAGUUCUCCGAAAAUACCCCGUCACCAUCAAGCUGUAUCCUGGUGGUAAUCUCAAAGAUAUCGUCGAGCCACCGACCAUAGAUAAUGGAGUGCCAAUAAAAGCACAUGCAUUGCUCGACGUGGAUGGCAUUGCGUCUGUGGGUGCAAAGGUCAGCCAAGGAGAGGUUUAUGUCAAUAAAUAUGUGCCAGAGAACGCGUCUGCUUCCACUUUGUCCGACAGUGGUAGAAACGGUCCCGCCAUACCUCAGCCUCAAAAAUAUCGACUACCGGACCCAAGCUAUAUCGAUAAGGUUAUGGUGUCUGAACAGGAAUCUGGAAACCAAUUGAUCAAAGUUCAGACCCGACAGACUCGAGUUCCAGAAGUGGGUGACAAGUUCUCUUCCCGUCAUGGGCAGAAAGGUGUCGUGGGUAUUAUUGCCGAGCAAGUCGACAUGCCUUUCUCGGAUUUGGGCAUUACUCCCGAUAUCAUCAUGAAUCCUCAUGGUUUCCCAUCCCGAAUGACGGUCGGAAAGAUGCUAGAACUUGUCUCUGGCAAAGCUGGAAUCCUGAAGGGUCAAUUUGAGUAUGGCACCGCCUUUGGAGGCAGCAAGUUAGAAGACAUGUCUCGAGCCUUGAUCGAAGCAGGGUAUAGCUACGACGGCAAAGAUUACCUGACCUCGGGGAUUACGGGAGAACCACUCCCAGCAUAUGUCUUCACUGGCCCCAUCUACUACCAGAAACUCAAACACAUGGUGCAGGACAAGAUGCACAGCCGAUCCCGCGGUCCGCGAGCAAUCCUCACGCGGCAGCCUACCGAAGGCCGUUCGAGGGAUGGUGGUCUUCGGCUGGGAGAGAUGGAGCGUGACUGUCUCAUCGCAUACGGCGCGUCACAACUACUGAGGGAAAGAUUGAUGCUGUCGAGUGACAAGCACGAAGUCGACGUCUGUGAGUCCUGUGGCUUCAUGGCCUUCGGGCGUUGGUGCCAGCGAUGCAGCAGUGCAGGUCAGACAGGCUCGAAUGUCGUGCGCAUGACCCUUCCCUACGCCUUCAAGCUCUUACUCAACGAGCUGGGGAGCAUGAAUGUCAACACCAGGCUCGUGGUAACCGACGAGUUCCCACCCGACGGCUCACGAAGAGCUUAA